ACUUUACGACUUACUUCGAUCUACAACUAAGAUGUACAUAUUGCAGACGUCACAUGAAUGCUCAAACUCCCAAGACAACUUCCUACAAAGUUCACACACACACACAAAAAGAAUAACAAAACCGAAGCUGUGGUUGUUGAUGAUGUCUGAAAUAGCAUUCAUGGGUAUCUGCAACGUGUACAUGAAGAGUAUAGGAAAAUAGGAUAGGAAGAUGAGGUCAUUAGAAGUUUCGUUGAUGGUAUAAGAUUUUUUUUUAUCCCGUCGGUGUUGUUAGUAGCUCGCUGGUUAGGCUAGC